AUGGGAUCUUUCACUCCCCUAGUUUUUGGAACCAACGGUGGGAUGGGAGCCGACUGCAACUGCUUUCUUAAACGCCUAGCCGAGAAGCUCUCAGAAAAGAAUGAGGAACCUUAUCACAUUACUUGUAAGCGCCAGGAAUGUUUUCCGUUACCUUUAUAGUAUUUUUAUGUUCGCCGCGUUCUUAGUUAUUUUCGUGUUCGCGCCUUUAGUGCUGUUGUUUGGUUCAUUAGUUUUUCAUUGUCCGCGUAGCUUUGUCCUUCGUGUUAGGAUUUUUCUGCAUAUCGUAUAUUUAGCUUUUAUUGUAAUUGUUCGCGUCAGUUCUUCGUUUAGCUGCGCUUGCUCCGGUUUACAGUUUAAUGUUUGGGUUUUAGCUCGUCCUAGUUUUUCGUCCUUAUCUCGCUAUCGUCUUGUAAGUAUCUCGUUUGUUUCAUUCGCAUUUCUAGAUUGCCUUAUUGCUUUGGUUCAGUUUGUAGGUUGUUUUAUCUUGACUUUGUAUUUGUUUUAUUGUUAUUUUUCAGUACCGCUAUACUUCACAUCGGUUCACUUGUUUCCCUGCAACAGUUGUAGAAGUUCUAGAAUAAAGUUUGUGUGUUAAAAACUAUAGCGCGUAAAUGCUGCGACUAUAUUACUAUUACUUGGAUUAGAACAUUGCUUUCUGUUGAGAUUAUAAGGUCCGUACACACAUGCGUAAGAGGUUCUAGGACACGCUUCCACAAAAUUCCACAAGGGGAUUUCAUUGACGACUACCGCUUAAACGCCACCCAAGCGUGUGUGAUAAUGGCGUGAGCUCGUUAAUUUAUUUUAGUUGAAAUGACCCGUUUUUUAAUUGAAUUUUUUUCCCGAAUAUAUGAUAUUUUUUAAUGACAUGAAUUUUUUCAAUUGAAAGUAAGUGUCUUUUUUUUUCUUUAAUCGCUGAAAGGAAUAAUGUAAAUAGAACUUUGUAGUUUUUUAAGUGAAAUUAAUUGUAAAUAGGAAUUUACAUUUAGCUUUGUUAUCAAUAAAAGAUUUGGGUUUUUUUUGGUUUUAUUAUUAUUAUUAUUAUUACAAGUGAUACCGGUAAAAGUAAAUUAUAAUUAUUUUACACUAUAUAAAGCUUCGAGUUUAAACCUUAAAAUAAUAUGAUCAAAAAGGAUUAGCUUGUUCGUCUUUCUUCGGUGCCGCAUAUUUAUACAACCGAGUCACAGUUGGAGGUUGUUUGCUAUAGUGAGAAGUGAUUAUAUUUGCCUUCAUUGAAAUGGAUGAAUAUAAAAAUUGAUCGCUCUUUUUGAUAUGCAAAUCAAGUCAAAGGGAAAGUAAAAUCAACUAUUACAGCCUAUUCUUAAGUCGCGGCACAAGUCGAUUAAUAAAAUGGAUUUACAUAGAGAGUUACGAAUUGCUCUAACUGAAAAGAAAACAACAACUUAAUAACAGCCUGCAAACCACAAAGCUGAAACAUGUCAUGUAAGGCCCCUUUUAUGAGUACCGAACACGUAUUUUAGUCAAUGAAAGUAAUUAAAUAGGGCAGUUGAUUCAGACGUCGAAUAUAUGAUGGUGCCGAAUUUAACUCCGUUUGUUGUAAAUAUUCCCAGUCUCUAGAAAAAUGUUUAUCCAAUAUGGGUAAGGGUUUAUACAAUUAAUGCAUCAUACUCGGCACAUGUGAAAUGCGACUUCUAAAUCAAAUGUUGAACCUAAGUCGAAUUUUCGACUGUUUCAGUCGCAGAUUCAACAAAGUCGUAUUUAAUUUGAAACUGUCGAAUUUAGUUGAUUCAGACGUCCCAUCACAAAGCAGUUACCUCUCGAAUUAAAUUAGGCACAAGUGAAAAUCGACGAUUGAGCUGGGUAAUGAAACAGUGUCCAGUAUUACUAAAAAUACCGUUAGAUACGCAAUGAUACAUACCGCAUUUUAUAUAUUCCGGUAAACUUUGCUUUCAAUUUACCACAUUAUGUUUAUACUAGCUAUAUGCACCACAAAGGUAAGAAAAGAGAGUAAAAAGAAGAUUUUUAAAAAAGAGAAAAAAAAUAAGGUUUCGAAAAAUUUGCUUCAAGGGGAUUCAGAGAUCAUACCGAAGACCAUAACGAUGAAUACCUACAGGAAUUAGUUCACAAACUUACUACCAAUGCAAAACAUCUUAAAAUAGCACACUUAAACAUCCGUGGCUUAAGGAAAAAGAUGGACGAAUUACGAAUCCUUCUAAAGCUUUGCCGUUUCGACGUAUUCGGAGUAACAGAAACGCACUUGAACAGUGAAAUCAUCGACGGAGAAAUAGACAUAGAAGAUUACAAUCUCAUCCGAAGAGACAGACCAGGCAGACAAGGCAGGGGCUGUGUGAAAUAUUAUCGCAAGUCGCUGAAAGCAAUCCACCGACCGGACUUGGAAGAUGAACGAGUGGAAGGGAUAUGUAUGCAAGUAAAGGCUGACUAA